UGCUUGUCAGUUACAGUCCCUCAAUCUUAGUCCCGCCCAGUCUGCGCAGCGUCAGUCCUCCUGUGGGUUCAUCAGGGUGGGCACUGCGUCCUUAAAUCGGCCCAAUUGGUUUGCCCCUCUAGAACCUAACUUCCCCAGCCAGUGUCUGUAAUUGUAAGUCAGCCCCUCACUGGAUGCUUUCUGCAAAUCUUCCCUGAAUACCCAAGAGAAAGCUUGGUUGAGGAGCCUGGAGCCCUAGGAAACGGAGACCAGGAAGUAGAAUUGGAGAAGAAAUUGAGGGAAGGGACAAGAAGUUGCUGUUGAGGCUGGCAAGACUCUCACUAAGAGUGCUUACAACUCUAGCUGAGAAUUGGAGUUCAGUUCCCAAGUCAAGUGGCUCGAAACUGCCCAUAACUGCAGUUCCAGAGGAUCCAAUGCCUUCUUCUGGUCUCCGCCGGCAUCCAAAGACAAACAGGGGUAUCAGGAGGUCAAGGCCAGCCAGGACUACAAGGGGGCUUCUCGGUCAGUCUGGAGCACACAUUGACCACAUAUUGAGACUACAAACAAAAGAGAGCCACAAGAGCGGCUCCCAGUGUACAGGACAUUCAUUCUGAAGCAAGAGUCAGCAGCAGGAGCUAUACUGUACUCUCAUCCCUGAGAUGCUGUGGGGGCUCUCGGCCCUGCCUCUGUUGUAUUUGGGGUUACUUGCUCCAGUUUUGGUUGAUAUCAAGACAACAGUGGUGGCAGACAGUCUAUGCAGUCCAGUCCCUUGUGUGUUUGAGUUUUCCAAGGCAUCUCCCGGAAAUCCCAUGACUGUGGGCUACAGGCUUGAUGAAAACAUCAGCUUCCAUGUAGAUAUCAGCCAGCCCAGAGCCCCCACAGGUGAUUUCUCCACAGAAGAGGUGGAAGACUGCAUCCUGCUGAGCCGUGACAUGCUCAGAAGGGAGAACAUGACCUACGUGCUCUAUGUAGGUCUGGAAGAUCAGAAAGGCACUGUCCUGAGAGAGGACGUUGGACUCUCCAUAUCAGACCUGACCCAAAAGCCAGAGCUUCACAUCCCAGAAUACAGUGUGCCUAGAGAGCCUAUGACUUUGACCUGUAUUAUCCAAGACACCUGCCAAGAGCCCAAAGCCCUUUUUCUCUCCUGGAAGGGACCUGCCGUGUCUUCCAGCAUGCGUGUCUCCAUCAAUCCAUCUUCAGAGCUGCCCAUUGCCCCGAAGCCUGAGGACCAGGACACUACCCUCAGAUGCUACUUAAAUCUAUCCCUAGAUAACCUGACCAGCAGGAAAGCGGUCAAGCUACAACUGGUCUCACCUGCUAGGCUGCUCAGCUACUCCUGUUUGCUGAAGAGGACACUAGCAUGUAGUUGCUCCUUCCAUGGGAUCCCCACACCUUUUGUGCAGUGGUGGAUUGGAGGAACCCCUGUGAGUGUGAAUAGCAGAGAUUCCAUCCUGCACAUGACCUCCACCACACUGGAACCCUGGACCAACAGCACCAUUCACCUCAUGUGGGAACCAGAAAUCAUUAGGAGACUUCGUUGUGAGGGGAAAAAUCAAUAUGGAGUCCAUGCUUCCAGAAUCUUCCUGAUACCAGAUAAAAGCUCCAUUGCCAGUGUCUUCCUGAGAGGGCUAAUCCAGGGCAUUGUGUAUGGGACCAUAGCAUCUUCUUUAUUCUUCUUCUUCCUUGUUGUACUAAUAAUGAAGAUGCUUAACUGGUGGGGGGAAAUUCAAGCUUGCAAGAACAGAGAGGAGAAACCAGUUUCAGGAGGAGCCAAAACAGUUGAAAUCUGAAGCUGUGCAUGGAUGGCCUGGGCUGGAGGUAAGUGCCAGUCAGCCUGAGCUGUGUGCUUGGCUUGCAGAGGGAUGCAAACCAGGCCCUCCCAGCCCUCCUGGGCACAACCACUGGAGGUCGGGGCACACGCUCUUUAGGAACAACUAUUACAGCCUCACCCUGGCACUCCAGCUCUGCGUCAACUUGACCAGCAUGGAAGGGCAGGUCUUAACUGGAUGUGGGUCUGGAUUUGUUCAUUAUUCACAACGAGGUCCCAUGGAACAGCAGCGCCCUGCAGUGACCAUGGCAAGGACCCUACAGCCUCAGCCCCAGCAUUGACCCACAAUGGAGACCUUUCAGACACCAGCAGAUGGUGCCCGUUGAGAACAGUAAAUUCCAGUGUAAAUGCUUUGUAAGUCAGCUGGGAUCACCAUGAGAAAGUGGCCCAGGAUGGGUACCUUCAAACCACAAGUUUUUUUUCCUUAAUUCUGGGAAGCUGAAGAUCAAGAUGGAGGUGUCCAGAUGCCUGGCCUCUCAUGGGCCGGCUCUCCUUCGGUCUCCUUUGCAUCCUCACAGGAUCUUCUCUGGGUCCCUCCCCCUCCUCCUUUUCCUCUGACAUUUUGGUCUGUUUGUUUGGAAUGUAGGGCCUUACUCAUUCUGAUACCAGACAAGAGCUCCAUUGCAGAGCCACGCCCCAGCCCCUCACUUUGGGGUUCUAGAAAAACACUCUACUGCAUUCCUGUAUCCCUGUCUUCUCUUACAUUUUUUUAAGACAGGGUCUCACUAAGUCACCCAGGGUGACCUUGAACUCUGAGAUCCCCCUGCUUCAGCCACCUAGUAGGUAGGAUGACAGUUGUUCCCUGCCACUUCGACCCUAAUUUCUUGUCAUAGUCCAUAUUGGGUCUAAUCCACCCCGUGAACUCAUCUUAAUCGAUUGCUUGAUUGCCUCUGCAAAGUCUCGUCUGAAAAUAGGAUUGUAUUCUGGCGGGCCUGGAGUUUAGCGUAGAGCGUAGGAGGGGGGAGGGGGCUGUGGCUCAGCUGGUGGACAUGCCUGCCCAGGGUGCUUGAUGCUCUGGGUUGAGCCCCAGCACCACACAACUGAGGUGUGGUUCCCAC